UGUCGGUCCUCCUGCCACCCCUAUCCAGCAUACGCAUCGUGCUUCUCGCGUCUCAGCUAGCGCGCUCGGCGCUCCCCACCUCGCUAAUUGCAAACCCCUCACCAACCUCGCUAAUUGCACACUUAAUUCUCUCAUGCCCACAGAAGCCGUUGCCGUUGUCCAUUUCAUCCGCCUCACUCCCUGACAGCACUCAUUCGACCCGCUCCAAUCCUCCAAUUCAGUGCGCGCGUCACUACAAAACAGCGUCACUAGCUUAGCAGCAUUGCUCAGCCAUGGCGGGCGAGCGGCCGGUCGUCGCUCCUGGCGUAGUAGUGCUGCUCUUGUGUUGCCUGGCGGCGCCAAUGGUGCGCGGCGGCGGCGGCGGCGGCGGGGUUCAGCACAACAUCACGUCGUUCCUGAACGGGCACCCGGAGUACAAGCUGUACAACAAGUACCUGACGGAGACCCGGGUGUGCGACGAGAUCAACGCGCGGGCGGCCGUGACGUGCCUCGUCCUCAACGACGGCGCCAUGGCCACGCUGGUCGCCGACGCCGGCGAGUCGUCCCUGGCCGGCAUCAAGGCGGCGCUGCGGCUCCACUCGCUGCUCGACUACUGGGACACCAAGAAGCUCCGUUCCCUGACGACCACCAACCUCACCGACACCUUCUUCCAGGCCGCCGGGGACGCCAUGGGCACCGUCAAGAUCGCCAAGCUGGACAGCGGCGACUUCGGGUUCGCGUCCGCCAACAAGGGAGCCAAGUUCGACGCCACGCUCGUGAAAGCCGUGAAGCAGACGCCGUACGACUUUGCCGUGCUGGAGAUCUCGGCGCCCAUCGAGUUCGACGGGCUCUUCGACGUGCCGGACGCCGCGAACUUGACCAGGCUGCUAGAGAAGGCCGGGUGCAAGCGGUUCGCGGCGCUCGUGGCGGGGAACCCCGGCGUGCUCAAGGCGUACCAGGCGGCCAUGGCCACUGGGCUCACGCUGUUCGCGCCCAACGACGACGCGUUCGUGGCCAAGGCGGGAACGCCGGACGUGGGGAAGAUGGAGAAGGAUGACCUCGUGCGGCUGCUGAUGUACCACGCGGUGCCGGCGUACGAGCCCAAGCCGUCGCUGAAGCUGGUCAAGGCCGGGGCAAGGCCGCUGCGCACGCUGGCGUCCACGGCGGCCGGGGAGUACAAUGUCACCGUGGUGGCGCGUGGCGAUGACGUGUCGCUGGACACGGGCGUCAGGAAGUCCAGGGUGGCGGCCACGGUGUUGGACGAGGUGCCGUUGUGCGUGCUCACGGUGGACAGUUUGCUGAUGCCCGUGGAGCUCUUUGCUGACGCGCCGAUGCCGGCGCCGGCCCCCGCGCCGGCCAUGGCGCCCGCGGAUGCGCCGCUGGGCUCUUCUUCUUCUUCGCCUCCGGCGCCGCCGCCUGCCGACGCGCCGUCGGAGGUUGCGGACCACAAGGCCAAGCACGUCAAGUCGACUGCAGCAGCAUUGCGCUCGAUCGGCGCGGUCGCCGUGGCCUUGUGUUCUGUCGUGUUCGCGUCUCUGCUGUGAGGAGGAAUUAAGCGAGUUAAUUCCUCGUGAGCACAUCCUUUCCUUGGAGCAGAUACGACUUGUUUUCUCUGUUCUUUCAUUUUUCUCGUCCCGUUUCGUUCGCCCAUUGUUGAUUGAUUGAUUGCACGAGAUUGCUGGAUCGUCAUUUCUCACUGUAAUUUGAGCAAGCUGUGGACACUUUGUACAUGUUUGUUCCCGUCAUGCUGGUUUCACAAGCAGAAAUACAUUUCCAGAAUCCAGAGCAGCCUGGCCAUUUUGUGACA